AAAAGACUAAUAUCAAUCAUGAUGCCCCUUUUGUUUUCAUCUUCAUCUUAUCUCUCCUUCUUCUUAGUUUUAGUCAUCAUCAUCAUUUACUUUCCCAGCCAUCCAUCUAUUGCUCGCAAGUCACUACCUAACAAGGCUGUAUUAGAGGAGCUUUAUUUUAGCUAUGAUUCGUCUCGUCUAGAAAACAUGAGUCCUAAAGGAAUCGCCAAAAGAUCAAUCCAAGACUUCCAAAAAGAAAAUAAUUAUGAUACUAAAGUCACGUUUUCAGGUAGUGAAAUGAUUGGCUCUGAUUUGUCUCUAUCAGCUUUGCCCCACGCAGUACGUUUGCUCAAGGCAGCAAAAACAAAGGGUGCAAGAUGGUCAACAACUCAUGAAAUGCACAUGGCUUCCAAGAGUGGGAAUAAGAAGAAUUUAUAUGGAGACAUUAUAGAGAUGGAUUACGACCCACCACACCGUAAACUACCCAUUCAUAAUUAAUACAACAAAUAUUUAUUUGUUUUCCAGUAUAAUAUUACAGCAUCACUCAACAGUAUUUAACUAUUUAUCUCCUCUGUG